AUGGCUGCCUGCUUUCGCCUAGUUCCGACUGCUACUUGCCGCUUGGAUCUGCAGAACCGUGCCGGGCCCAUUCUGUUCAGCGGCGCCUCAUCUGCUUCGUCCACUCCGAAAGCACUCAGCUUGUGCAACUCCAGAUCAGCCCAGUUUCUCGGCUCCGCGCUGCUCCUUCCUUCCCUCGGCGGCGAGGGGGCGUGGUCCAGGCAAGCAAGCAGCGCGAGCCGUGCACACCGCCGCUCCUGCAGCACGUUCGUCCACGCCAUGGCCGCAGCUGUGCUGCCAGAGAACAGCCCCGUGGUCUCCCCUGCCUGGCUGCAUGACAACCUCUCCAAAGUCAAGGUCCUGGACGCCUCGUGGUACAUGCCUGCAGAGAAACGCCAGCCGUUUGAGGAGUUCCAGCAUGGGAGAAUUCCAGGGGCGAUCUUCUUUGACAUUGAUGCCAUUGCUGACCCCACCACGGAUCUUCCCCACAUGCUGCCGACAGAGGCCGCCUUUUCCGCAGCAGCAUCGGCCUUGGGUUUGUCAUCUAGUGACAGCAUAGUGGUGUACGAUGGCAAGGGACUCUUCAGCGCUGCUAGAGCGUGGUGGAUGUUCCGUGCAUUUGGUCAGCCACACGUGGCAGUGCUGGACGGCGGGCUGCCAGCCUGGCGGGCGGCAGGCUACCCAGUGGAGGCAGAGCCUUCGGACAAGGCGGCCGGGCGGCACAAGGCGGCUGUUACCGCCAUCAAGGACAGUUACUCUAAAAAGGCCGCAUCCAACCGCCUCCUCACCUUCAAUGCCAAGCUGCAGCCGAGCCUCAUCCUGUCCGUUGAUCAGGUGAAGGCUAAUAUCGAGAAUAAGGUGUAUCAACUCAGCGAUGCCCGCUCUGCUGGCAGGUUUAAGGGCAUAGACCCUGAGCCAAGGGCAGGAGUGCGAGGAGGAAGCAUCCCAGGAAGCUUCAAUGUCCCCUUUCCCGAGGUCCUGACCCCACAGGGGCAGCUGAAGCCUGCCUCAGACCUUACCCAAGCCUUCAAGAGUGCAGGAGUCAACAUUGAGGACCCAAAGCAGCCUCUGGCUGCCUCAUGUGGCACGGGAGUCACUGCCUGUGUGCUCGCGCUGGCAUUAGCUCGUCUGGGUCGGUGGGACGUGCCGGUGUAUGAUGGCUCGUGGACUGAGUGGGGUAGCCUGCAGGACACGCCGGUUGUCAAGGCGGAGUGA